CUCUUCCUCGCAUACAAUUAUGAUUUUGAUCGGCCCGCCAAACGAGUUCCCAUUUGCCAGGCCUUCUCGAGCUCCACUCGAUCCUGCUCGCCAAUCCAGACCCUGGGGCGUCUGGAGGCGCCGGAGCCGCAUAAUCAUGUCUCCACGGGCAAUGUGGAUCCCGAUCCCGUCCAGGCGCUGUCCGUGCCUGACUGCGGGCCGGCCUGCACCGGCACCGGAGGACACCAGCACCUCGGCUACGAGGAGAAAUCCCCUUUCCAGCUGGCUCUGGAGCGCGGCCACCUCGAGAUGGCUCGAGUCCUCUCCGAGGUCGGCUGCUGCCGGAUGCGAGUCCCGACGUCCGCAGGACUCGGACCCUCGUCUCUGCCCCCCGCCGGCUUCUCCGCCAUGCUCUGUCUGGCCCAGCACACCAGUCCCUCGGCGCGCCGGUACGCCGGUCUAGACGAAGUGAAACCCCUGCGGCACUGGUGCCGCAAGGUGAUUCGUCAAGGCCUUGGAUUUCGCUUUCUCGACGCCUUGCCCCAACUCCCGUUGCCUGCACCCCUCAAGGACUUCCUGUUGCUAAGCGACAUCGACUGGCUGCUCAAUAACCCGGCGACUGGUGUCGGCCCAGCCGGUCAGAUGGCCACCAUUGUGCCCAGGCCGCUGAGACAGCCCAGAGACAGGGGCGGUCUGCAGCCCGGACGACCGGAGAUGCUCAGUUCGUCGAUCAGUGCUUUCAGAUUGUCAUGUGGUCAAGGUUUCUUAGCAGGCCGAAACGGUUCAGCUGCUCUCCGACGCUCUUUCACAGACGCAAACAUACAGAAUUUGCAUACCCAACUGCCUAGUCUUUAG